GAGCUCAGCUGGGCUCAUCUGCUAAUUAAAAGAAAUGGUGGCCCCCAGGGAUGAGACGAAAGAAGUUGACAGAAACCUGAUGCUGCACAUCCGCCAUGACACCAGAAGAACAAGAAGCUGCCUGGAGACGUCGCCCGCAGGUGGCCGAAGACGUCAUGAGUCAGUGGCGGCGUUCCUUGGACCAGAUGGCGGCGGCGCGGCGGCGUCACCGCGGGGAGUGCGAGCGCGCUCAGGAUGCGCUGGUCAAGGCGACCUCCUGCUUCCAGCAACUGGUGGCGUCGCUGGGCAGCUCGGCCGACUGCAGCUUCCUGCGAGAGGAGCUGGGCGAGACGAGGUGUCUCACACACGGAAUGUGCAGAGGGCUUUCCCGACGUCUCACGGCGCUUCUUUCAGAAGAUGACUCUGCCCGCCCCGGGCCAGAGGACAGGCAGGCAUUGGAGCGGCUGUGGGUUCACUUCCUGUCCGCACUAGAGAACUUCCUGUCCGACCUACGCAAGGCCAGCUUCUUGAUUGGACACUUCCCGCUGACACAGCGCAACGACAGGCGCUCAUUGGUCAAAACAGGAUGUUUUGACGGCGUGGUGGGAGUGGCGGCCCGGGCGGCCUCCGUCCAGACCCCCUGGCCCAGCUUGGAGGAGGAGCCAAGUCCUGGUUUGGAUCAGCACAUUGACGGCUUGGAGGUGAUGCUGAGCGACAUGCAGCUGAAGGUGCCGGUGCUGUUCUGGUCCGUGGAGGCCACCCAGCCGGCGUGGGUGGAAGGUGGAGAGGAACCCGUUGAGCCCGACGACAGCUUGGAGGACCUGAUGAAGGUUGAGGUGGUCCCCAGCGACAAGAUGGCUGGCUGCUGUCAGCCGCCGUGCUUUGGACUGAGCUGUGUUGGCUAAGAGGCAUAAUAAUAUACAAAACCCAAAACCAGUGAAGUUGGCACGUAUUGUAAUUCAUAAAUGAAAACAGAAUACAAUGAUUUGCCAAUCCUUUUCAACUUAUAUUCAAUUGAAUAGACUGCAAGGACAAGAUAUUUAAUGUUCCAACUGAAAAACAACAUUUUUUUUUGCAAAUAAUCUUUAACUUAAAAUUGAAUGGCAGCAACACAUUGCAAAAAAGUUGGCACAGGGGCAUUUUUACCACUGUGUUACAUGGCCUUUCCUUUUAACAACACUCAGUAAACUUUUGGGAACUAAGGAGACCAAUUUUUGAAGCUUUUCAGGUGGAAUUUUUUCCCAUUCUUGCUUGAUGUACAGCUUAAGUUGUUCAACAGUCCGGGGGUCUCCGUUGUGGUAUUUUAGGCUUCAUAAUGCGCCACACAUUUUUAACGGGAGACAGGUCUGGACUACAGGCAGGCCAGUCUAGUACCCACACUCUUUUACUAUGAAGCCACGCUGUUGUAACACGUGGCUUGGCAUUGUCUUGUUGAAAUAAGCAGGGGCGUCCAUGAUAACGUUGCUUGGAUGGCAACAUAUGUUGCUCCAAAACCUGUAUGUACCUUUCAGCAUUAAUGGUGCCUUCACAGAUGUGUAAGUUAACCAUGCCUUGGGCACUAAUACACCCCCAUACCAUCACAGAUGCUGGCUUUUCAACCUUGCGCCUAGAACAAUCGGGAUGGUUCUUUUCCUCUUUGGUCACGAGGACACGACGUCCACAGUUUCCAAAAACAAUUUGAAAUGUGGACUCGUCAGACCACUUUGCAUCAGUCCAUCUUAGAUGAGCUCGGGCCCAGCAAAGUUUCUGGGUGUUGUUGAUAAAUGGCAAGAAUAAACUAGACCAACUGUAGUUACUAACAGUGGUUUUCUGAAGUGUUCCUGAGCCCAUGUGGUGAUAUCCUUUACACACUGAUGUCGCUUUUUGAUGCAGUACCGCCUGAGGGAUCGAAGGUCUGUAAUAUCAUCAUUUACCUGCAGUGAUUUCUCCAGAUUCUCUGAACCUUUUGAUGAUAACUCGUUGAGAAAUGUUGUUCUUAAACUGUUUGACAAUUUGGUCACGCAUUUGUUCACAAAGUGGUGACCCUCGCCCCAUCCUUGUUUGUGAAUGACUGAGCAUAUCACGGAAGCUGCUUUUGUACCCAAUCAUGGCACCCACCUGUUCCCAAUUAGCCUGUUCACCUGUGUGAUGUUCCAAAUAAGUGUUUGAUGAGCAUUCCUCAACUUUCUCAGUCUUUUCUGCCACUUGUGCCAGCUUUUUUGAAACAUGUUGCAGGCAUUAAAUUCCAAAUGAGCUAAUAUUUGCAAAAAAUAACAAAGUUUUCCAGUUCCAAAGUUAAAUAUCUUGUCUUUGCAAUCUAUUCAAUUGAAUAUAGGUUGAAAAGGAUGUGCAAAUCAUUGUAUUCUGUUUUUAUUUCAGGUUUACACAACGUGCCAACCUCACUGCUUUUGGGGUUUGUAUAUCAUAUAACAAUAAUAAUCAUCAUCAUCAUCUUUGUCUUUACCUGCAGUAAAGUCCUGCAUUAAAAAAGAUGAUGAAAAGAAAGCGUUCACUUUCCAAAGUCGGCUGGAAGACGAAGUACCUUGUUGUGGUCUGUGUGGGGCUGUUAUUUAUUUUAGAUUCUUUUUUACCUCAAAAAUGUUUUAUCGGAAAUGAUCCGAACAAACACGAGGUCGUCAGCACGUCACAUCUCGGUUGAUUGUAACAAUCCAUGCUCGCCUUCGCCGUUAACUUAUUUUUUUUUUUGCCGUGUGUCCAGAAACACGCUUAGAAAUUCUAUACAAGCUAGGAAUAUCUCUCCAACCUUGAUUGUGGCAGUUGACAAUGGCACACGUCGUCGGCCUUAUGAAUAUGAAUAUUUUUGGAUAAAUUAUUGGCGACAAUUAGCGUUUCACUAACUUCCGCCCUUCAAUAUGGAUAUCGGCGAUGCAUUGUGGGAAAUGUAAAAAAAAAAAGAGUCCCUCUAUAACUACUUUCCUUAUGAGGAGUUGGCAACACUGACUGUGUGUUUGAAUGCAAACAUGCUGCUAUUUCCACUCCCUCAACAUUAAUUUAUCACAUUUAAUUUAUCACAAUGUUUCUGAUAAAACAUGUUGUAAUUCCACAAGUGUUCAUAAUGUUCCCAGG